GGACUAUCCAUGAAAACCCAAUAUUAAAAACUGCAAUUUCAAAGCAACCAUGACGUGGUUUUCUCUCAAAACUCCAAACACACCAACCCAUUUAUGUUCUUCAAUUUCUAUUUCUCUUUUUCACACUUUCCAGAUUUGACGCUCUUCCUCUUUGUUUAAUUCUUUUCCAAAUUUUCACUCACUUCUAAUUAAAUUAGAUCCCAAAACAAACGACAACGAACUUAUCUAAAACGACAAUUCACUCAAUCCUUUUUAUCGGAUUUAACGACACCAAAACUGAUCACAGUUAACAUAUUAUUGAAUCGAUAUGGCAUCGUCGGAGCAGUUAAUGAGUAACAGUGGACCGCGUUAUGUUCAAAUGCAAUCAGAACCGUCCAUACCACAGCACAGCCAUCAGCAGCAGCAGCAGCAGCAACAACAACCGCCGUCAGUGAUGUCGUCGUUUUUGUCGUUUACUCAAGGCGUCGCGCCUGAGUCUGCUCGGAUUUUCGAUGAAUUGCCAACGGCGGUGAUCGUCUCCGUUUCUCGACCUGAUGCAGGUGAUAUUAGUCCUGGUCUCUUAUCUUACACCAUCGAAGUUCAAUACAAACAGUUUAAGUGGCAAUUAUUGAAGAAAGCAGCGCAAGUAUUUUAUUUACAUUUUGCAUUGAAGAGACGAGCAUUCUUUGAGGAAAUUCACGAGAAGCAAGAGCAGGUUAAAGAAUGGCUUCAAAAUCUAGGAAUUGGAGAUCAUACACCAGUUGGUCAAGAUGAUGAGGAUCCUGAUGAUGUUGCUUUAUUACAUAAUGAUGAAAGUUCUAAAAACAGAAAUGUUCCAUCGAUUGCUGCUUUGCCGGUUAUUCGUCCAGCCUUAGGGAGACAGCAUUCCAUGUCAGAUAGAGCAAAAGUUGCAAUGCAAGAAUAUUUGAAUCAAUUUUUAGGCAACUUGGAUAUUGUUAACUCCCGAGAGGUUUGCAAAUUUUUGGAGGUCUCUAAAUUGUCAUUUUGUCCAGAAUAUGGCCCUAAGCUUAAAGAAGAUUUUAUUAUGGCAAGGCACCUACCACCUAUUCCAACAAAUGAUAAUUCUGGAAAAUGUUGUACCUGUCGUUGGUUUAGUUGCUGUAAUGACAACUGGCAGAAGGUUUGGGCUGUACUAAAACCUGGAUUUUUGGCCCUGCUGGCUGAUCCUUUUGAUAGCAAACCUUUAGACAUAAUUGUUUUUGAUGUAUUACCAGCUACAGAUGGUAGUGGUGAUGGCCGGAUAUCAUUAGCAACUGAAACAAAGGAACGCAAUCCUUUGCGUCAUGCAUUUAAGGUCACAUGUGGUAUCCGAAGCAUAAAGUUAAGAACAAAGACUGGUGCUAGAGUUAAAGAUUGGGUUGCUGCAAUUAAUGAUGCUGGACUUAGGCCUCCUGAAGGUUGGUGCCACCCUCAUCGCUUUGGCUCCUUUGCCCCUCCCAGGGGUUUAACUGAAGAUGGGAGCCAGGCUCAGUGGUUUGUUGAUGGCAGGGCAGUUUUCGAUGCCAUUGCUUCAUCGAUUGAAGAUGCCAAAUCAGAGAUAUUUAUUUGUGGCUGGUGGCUGUGCCCGGAACUUUAUCUACGACGUCCCUUUCAUGCCCAUGCAUAUUCAAGGCUUGAUGCUUUGCUAGAAGCCAAAGCUAAGCAAGGAGUUCAGAUUUACAUUCUGCUUUAUAAAGAGGUGGCUCUUGCUCUAAAAAUCAAUAGUGUGUAUAGCAAGAGGAAGCUUCUUAGCAUACAUGAGAACGUGAGAGUUUUGCGCUAUCCGGAUCACUUUUCUAGUGGGGUUUACCUUUGGUCACAUCAUGAAAAGCUUGUCAUUGUUGAUUAUCAUAUUUGCUUCAUUGGAGGAUUGGACUUGUGUUUUGGCCGUUUUGACACACGUGAACACAGAGUAGGUGAUUGCCCUCCUUCUGUCUGGCCUGGAAAGGAUUAUUAUAACCCUAGGGAAUCUGAACCCAAUUCUUGGGAAGAUACCAUGACAGAUGAACUGGAUCGUAGAAAAUAUCCUCGAAUGCCUUGGCAUGAUGUCCACUGUGCCCUAUGGGGGCCGCCAUGUCGUGAUAUAGCUAGGCACUUCGUCCAGCGUUGGAACUAUGCAAAGAGAAACAAGGCUCCUUAUGAGGAAUCUAUUCCAUUGCUUAUGCCACAGCAUCACAUGGUUAUUCCACACUAUAGGGGAAGCAGCAAGGAGCUGCAGGUUGAAAUUAAGAAUGUUGAAGAUAAUCGUGAAGGCAUGAAAAGGGAUGAUUCUUUUUCUUCCAGAUCAUCAUUACAAGAUAUCCCUUUGCUGUUGCCUCAAGAAGCAGAAGGGACUGAUGGUUCUGGUGGAGGUCCAAAACUAAACGGAUUGGACUCUACUCCAGGAAGAAGUAUCUCUCUUACUUUUCGAAAGUCCAAAGUUGACCCUAUUGCUCCAGAUAUGCCAAUGCAAGGCUUUGUAGAUGAUCAUGAUGCCAUUUUGCCACAGUCUGCCACCAUAGCUUUGGAUUCAGAGUGGUGGGAGACCCAAGAGCGAGGAGAUCAGGUUGAUUUUGGAGAUGAAGUUGGAGAAGUUGGCCCACGUACUUCUUGCCAUUGUCAGAUUAUAAGGAGUGUGAGCCAGUGGUCUGCUGGAACAAGCCAAAUCGAAGAGAGCAUUCACUGUGCUUAUUGUUCUCUCAUUGAGAAAGCAGAACACUUUAUAUACAUUGAGAAUCAAUUUUUUAUAUCAGGUCUUUCAGGAGAUGAAAUUAUACGGAAUCGUGUGUUAGAAUCAUUAUAUCGGCGUAUUAUGAGAGCUCACAAUGAGAAAAAGUGUUUCAGGGUUAUUGUCGUCAUACCUCUGAUUCCCGGCUUCCAGGGAGGUCUGGAUGAUAGUGGCGCUGCAUCUGUGAGAGCAAUAAUGCAUUGGCAAUAUCGGACAAUUUGCAGAGGACAGAAUUCAAUAUUGCACAACCUUUAUGACGUUUUAGGUCCAAAAACACACGAGUAUAUUUCUUUCUAUGGUCUGAGAGCUUAUGGAAGACUUUUUGACGAUGGUCCGUUGGCCACCAGUCAGGUUUAUGUGCAUAGUAAAAUUAUGAUAAUUGAUGACUGCGCAACUUUGAUUGGAUCGGCUAAUAUUAAUGACAGGAGUUUGCUUGGCUCACGAGAUUCUGAGAUUGGUGUGCUUAUUGAAGACAAAGAGAUGGUCGACUCAUUUAUGGGAGGGAAGCAUCGGAAGGCUGGAAAGUUCUCUUUGAGUCUUCGGCUUUCAUUGUGGUCUGAACAUCUCGGUCUUCAGGCCAAAGAGAUGAAGCAAAUAAUGGAUCCAGUAAUUGAUUCCACAUACAAAGACAUAUGGACUGCAACCGCCAAGACAAAUACCACUAUCUACCAGGAUGUGUUUUCUUGCAUUCCCAAUGAUCUUAUGCAUUCCAGAGCUGCGCUUAGACUAAACAUGGCCUUCUGGAAGGAAAGACUCGGCCAUACUACUAUCGACUUAGGAAUAGCCCCGGAAAAGCUCGAAUCAUACCAAAACGGAGACAUCAAAAAUCAUGAUCCGAUGGAGAGACUGCAGACAGUACGUGGUCAUCUUGUUUCUUUCCCUUUGGAUUUCAUGUGCAGUGAAGAUCUAAGGCCUGUAUUCAAUGAGAGCGAAUAUUAUGCAUCUCAAGUGUUUUACUAGUUGCGGAAUAGCUGAAAGUUAUCCAAACUGUCGAGCAGCAGCUUACCAUUCCUCUUGCGAGGGAAUGCUGUCAUUCCCAAGUCUUUUCUUUCUAUCAAUCUAACUUGCAUAUAGAUUAGAAAUAGAGAUAAGAAACUGAUGAAAAACGAGAUGGAGGCAAUUUUAUCAUCGCAUUUACAGAAAUGUUAUACGAGUACUGUUAUACCAAAUCAAAAAAUAUACUUGUGUAAUCAGUAAUAAAUGGCUACACCCUGCACGAGCAGUUCCCUUC